AUGCGACGAAAUUCUGGUCAUUCAUGGCGUUUGAGAAUGUAUCCGCGUGGCUACGACGAAAGAUAUAAAUCAUACUUGUCAGUUUAUUUGGAAGGGUUUCAAACGUGCGAGGAAAAGGAGAAAAGUCUCACCAGACAUAAAGAAUUUGAAUUGGAAGCAUUUCGGUCUCAAAGUGACCCUGUGAAUGGUCCAUCAAUUCCAACUCAUCUCGCAAGCCUUCAACGUUCUUCACAAAGUUUUAAUUUCAAUAAUGUUAUAAAUUGUGGACAACAUCAAUUCUGUUCGCUCGAAGAAGUUUUCCCAAAUGAUCGUAAUGUUAACACGACUCUGAUCAUUCGAGUACGUAUCUUCGACAAACCACAAUCAGGUUCUUCUUCAACGAACAGUGACUCAAAUCAUCCGUCAUCCUCCGUGUCGUCUGGGAUCGUUCUUCCCGCGGGAUUCAAUGAUUUCUUGACAGACAAACUAUUGGCUGACGUAGAAUUCGUAUUUGACUGUGGAUCUCGACUUAAGGCACAUCGGAUAAUACUCGCCGCGCAAUCAUCCUACUUCAAAGCGCUUUUACUCGGUAGGUGGCGUGAAUCAAAAAUGGAUUCAAUUCCUAUCAAAGACACGGAUCACAAUUCUUUUCGAUCUGUCCUACAAUUUUUCUACACCGGAAAACUCGAGCAAACAUCUGAUGUCGACUUACUGACUGGUGUUUAUAUUUUGGCUGAUAAGUUCGAUCUAAAGGAACUUGUGCAGAUGGCUGCCAGUCAAAUUGUUAAAUUCGUAAACGAUGAGAAUUGGGAUGAGAUUUUGCUGCUGGGCUGGCGCACUAAUAAUCAUGGAAUGAGAAGAGCAGGAAUUGAGUAUGCAGCUGGAAAUUGGUCUAAAGUGAAAAAUAGUGACAAUACAAAGCGAGUUUUGAGUGCACAGGAUGUAAAUAUUGUUGAGGAGUUGAUGGUCUGCGUCUUUUUCCAUUCAUAG